AUGAUGAGGCGUUAUACUGGACAUAAAGAGUUGCUUAAACCUACAACGACUCGAUUUGCCACUUCAUUUAUCACGUUAUCAAGCAUCUAUGAUCAAAAGGAUUGCUUGAGGAAGAUGUUCACUUCACAAGAAUGGAUCUCCAGUAAAUGGGCGAAAGAGAUAGAAAGGAAAAAUGUAACACAGAUUGUGUUGAUGCCUACAUUUUGGACAAGCAUUGUGUACUCUCUCAAAGUAGCAAGCCCUCUUGUUCGUGUACUUAAAUUGGUUGAUGGUGAGAGAAGGCCUCCAAUGGGAUAUAUUUAUGAGGCUAUGGAAAGGGCUAAAUUUGGGCAUUUCUUUAACCCAGAAUAUUUUUAUAGCAAACCAAAUAUUGAGCAAGAUGAAGAGGUGAUGGAUGGUUUAUAUCAAUGCAUAGAAAGACUGGUUCCAACAACUGAAGUGCAAGAUAAAAUUUCUUUGGAGCUGAGUAGAUAUAUGAAAACUGGUGGUCUAUUUGGCUCAUCAAUUGCUGUUAGACAAAUAAAGUCAAGGGCACCAGCCGAUUGGUGGUUCGCAUAUGGUUCUACAACUCCUAAUUUGCAAAAGUUUGCUAUUAAAGUGCUUAGCCUCACAUGUAGCGCAUCUGGGUGUGAACGAAAUUGGAGUGUAUUUGAACAUCUUCAUAGCAAGAAGAGGAACUGGCUAACUCAAUAUCGAUUGAAUGACUUGGUUUUCAUCAAGUGUAAUAGAGCACUAAAAUGA